AUGGCCGACCAUGAUCUCUACCAGCUCCUUGGUGUGGACCCCAAUGCCAGUGCCAGCGAGCUCCGCAAGGCAUAUCUGCGCGAAGCGCGCACACACCAUCCCGACAAAGCGGGGGCCAACCCCAAGGCAGACGAUGACCGCUUCUUUCACCUCAAGCGCGCUUACGAUAUUCUCAGCCACCCCGUUCGUCGCCUGGUUUACGAUAAGCGCGAGUACACCACCAUUCAACUCCUUCACACCAGCCCCCUCUUUGACGCGGACGACUUUUUUGAGCAACAUCCCUGGCUCCGCCCAGGCCCCGCCGAGACAACCCUAGCCUCACCCCAAUCUGGCGUCUCUUCCUCCUCCUCCUCCACUUCCUCCUCUUCCUCCUCGUUUGUACAGGCCCCUGCUCCACGGGAGAGCCCUCCCUCGCCCCGCGAGCGCGAUGUUCCCUCUCCAGACAUCACCACCAUCGAUGCAUCAACCACCACGGCCCUUGCAGAUAGCCCCGCCCCGUCUAGCCGGCCGCAUACUACCGACAGCCCAACCAAAUUGGCCCCUUCCAGUCCCAAAAGCCAAUCCAGUCCCACCGCCAACGACAGCGGGGCCCCCAUCACACUUGCAACACGUCGCGAUAGCCAAAACAGCCCUGGCCAGGCGCCGCCUGCGAAUCAUCCUGUAGAUGCCAGCCACCGCAAGACGGAGCUAUGGUUGGACCUGGAAGACCGCUUGUUUCCCUCUGUCAAGGAGGUCUCCGUCUCCCGCACCGUGCUACCCAAGCAUGGGCCCAGGCGCGAAGAAACCAUCCUGCUGACCGUCGACGUUCAGCCCCAUUGGGAGCACGGCACCGUCGUCACCUUUGGCGGCGCUGGCGACGUGGUCGAGGACGGCAGUCAUGAGUUUGACUACCACGUGCACAUUUGCUUCCGCCCCCACCCCAUCUACACCUGCCAGGGCUCUGACCUGUUGGCUGUGGCCAAGGUCUCCCUCUGGGGCGCUCUCUAUGGCUGCACCACCGUCCUUCCCCUGCCCGAUGGCACUGAACAUCUCAUUCCCCUCGACAGCGUGGCCCCAGACACCAAAUAUCGUAUUCCUGGUGCUGGUCUGCGUAAAGCUAGCACCACCGAACCGGAUCGCGUCAGCAGGCCCGCAUCAGAACGUGCCCUCGAGAAACCUCAUGCCUUGCGUGGCGACAUUUGGGUCGAAUUUGUCAUUGACACCCCCGAAGCCCCUGCAGAGCUUCCUUUCUCCAAGUGCACUUACCCCACCCACUGGACCGCCAUCCCCGUUGCCUGUGAGCGCUGCCAGCGACGUCACUGCUCUGGUGAGGUCGAUACCUGCAAGUUUCAUCCCGGGGCUCUCCUGGCCGAGAUCACGCUCGAUGCCGGCCCCGCGCCACCGGCAACGCUCACCGCAUGCUCCCCACAAGCCAACGCCAUGCUCCGGCGCCAAAACACAACCCACAUCCAGAGUCAGUGGCGCGCGCGCACGCCAUCGCUGCGCACAAUCGGUUAA